AUGGCUACAGAUGAUGACAGCUUUCCCUGGGACCAAGACAGCAUCCUGAUCAGAGAUCUGCUCUCUGCCACAUCUGCCCAGCUGUGCUACAAGAACCUGAACAGAUCCUGUGUCAGGAGCCCAUACUCCCCAGGUCCUCGCCUCAUCCUAUAUGCAGUCUUUGGCUUUGGGGCUGUGCUGGCUGUGUGUGGGAACCUCCUGGUGAUGACAGCAAUUCUCCAUUUCAGGCAGCUGCACUCUCCUGCCAACUUCCUGGUGGCAUCCUUGGCCUGUGCUGACUUCUUGGUAGGGGUGAUGGUAAUGCCAUUUGGCAUGGUGAGGUCUGUGGAGGGCUGUUGGUACUUUGGGGACAGUUACUGUAAAUUACACACUUGUUUUGAUGCAUCUUUCUGCUAUUGUUCUCUCUUCCACCUGUGCUUCAUCUCUGUUGAUAGAUACGUUGCGGUCAGCGACCCCCUGACCUACCCCACCAGGUUCACUGCAUCUGUCUCUGCCAAGUGCAUUGCCUUCUCCUGGCUCCUGUCCUUCAUUUACACAGGGGCCAAUGAAGCUGGGCUGGAGGAUCUAGUGAGUGCCCUCACCUGUGUGGGUGGUUGUCAAAUCCUAAUGAAUCAAAACUGGGUCGCCAUCAAUUUCCUAAUAUUUUUUAUCCCCACGCUUGUGAUGAUGACUGUGUACUCUAAGAUUUUCCUCAUUGCUAAACAGCAGGCUCAGAGCAUCGAGAAGAUGAACAAGCAGACUGCCAGGGCAUCAGACAGCUACAAGGACAGGGUGGCCAAGAGGGAGAGGAAAGCAGCCAAAACCCUGGGCAUCGCAGUGGCCGCCUUCCUCCUCUCCUGGCUGCCAUACUUCAUUGAUUCCUUCAUUGAUGCCUUCCUGGGGUUCAUCACGCCUGCGUAUGUGUAUGAAAUCCUAGUCUGGAUAGCUUACUAUAACUCAGCCAUGAACCCUUUGAUUUAUGCUUUCUUUUAUCCUUGGUUUCGAAAAGCCCUCAGACUCAUUGUCACUGGCAGAAUCUGGAGAGAGAAUUCCUCAGUCACCAACUUGUUUCCUGAGUAG